CAAAACAUCAGAAAUUUUAUUGUGAACCAUGAUAUGGCAAAUUCAAUUUGUAAGAGUCAUUCACAUUUGUCUUUGCUAAAAGUUGCAGAAACAAGGUUUGCCUCUGGUAUUAUCAUGGCUCUUCGACUUAAGGAAGUCAGAGAAUCAUUGGAGAAGAUGGUGAUGGAUCCUCUUUGGAUGUACAAAGGAGAUGGAAAAUCUGCGAUCGAAAUGAAAGCACGUGAGACAAGAGGUGUAUUGUUGAUGAUUCUUGGUGGGAGGAAAUAGAUUAUUUGCUGAAGUUUACAGAACCAAUCAUUGACAUGUUUUGGGCAGCUGAUACCGACACUCCAAUUCUACAUGAAACCUAUGAUAUGUGGGACUCGAUGAUCGAAAGAGUAAAGGUAAUCAUUUUUGAGCACGAGGGAAAGGAUCUCUUGACUGGAAAAUCAGACUUCUUUAAUGUUGUUCACAAGGUUUUAGUGGACAGAUGGGCGAAAAGCUUCACUCCUUUGCAUUGUUUUGCGCAUUCGUUGGUUCCUAAAUAUUACAGCAAUGCUUGGCUUCAAGGUGGAGGUAGCGGCAGCAUGAAAAGGGUGGCUCCACAUGUGGAUGAUGAGGUUUCUAGCAAUCGCUUUAUAUGCCUUAAGAGAAUGUUUUCCGAAAGUAAGCAAUUCAAAAAAGUUUCUAAGGAAUAUGGCAUGUUUGCUACUGGUAGUGGUCCAUUUAAUGCUCCUCAUGUUGUUGAGGCCAGGGAAUACGAAGAACCAAUCUCUUGGUGGGCUAAUUAUGGAUCUCCAACGCCAAUCUUGCAAUCCUUGGCUUUUAAAAAAUUAUUAUUACAACCAGCCUCAUCGUCUUGUUGCGAAAGGAAUUGGAGUACUUACUCCAUGAUUCACAAUGUUAAGAGGAACCGGUUGACUUCUCAAACGGCAGAAGAUUUAGUCUUCGUUCAUGCAAAUAUCCGCCUGAUUACUCGCAAGAAACAAGGGCCAUCUAAAUAUUGGGACAUAUGUGGAGACAAAUUUGAUAUUGAUGGAGAUAUAGCUGAAUUGGCUGACCUUUCAAUCAAUGAUCCUCAUAUAGAAGCAAUGACAUUUGAUGAAAACUUUGAAGAAAAUGAAUCUUAACCGGCUAGUUAUCUUGUCUUUUGUUUUGUUGGAUGUGGCAGUUUCUCCUAUUUUGUGUUAGAUUAAUGCCAGAUCCAACAUGCCAAUAGCCAAGCUAUUUUGUACUUUUG